AUGAAUUCAUCUCCUUCAUCGUCAAAUACGAUUUAUGUUGGAAAUAUUCAAUCAAUUAAAGAUGAACAAUUACAAGAAUAUUUUCAACAAUUUGGUAAAAUUGAAAGUUUAUAUCAUAAUUGUACACGUGGUGUUGAUGAAUGGUUAAUUGAUUAUCGUUUUAUAAAAUUUUCAUCGAAUACAAAUAUGAGUGCAAUUUUAACAAAUACAUAUGAUCAUACUAUAUGUAGAAUUCGUCUUGAUGUACAUCCUUAUGAUGCAGUUUUUUCGGAUGAAACACGUUUAACAUCCGAUAGAAAAAUAUGUAUUGCACAUACAAAUUCAAUACUUCAACGAAAUGUUAUUCAAAAAGCAUUUAAAAGAUAUGGACGAAUAUUAAAUUGUACAUGUGUAUCAUCGGGAAAUGGUGUUGAAUAUGUUUAUGUCGAGUUUGAAACAAUUAAUUCAGUUCGAUCUGUAUUUGCAUCGAAUCAAACUCAUUUUGCUGGUCGAACUUCACUUGCUGUUAAACAACCAUUAAGACCAUCACAAGUUGCACCAAAAAUUGAAUCUCUACCAGUUAAUAAAAGAGAAUGUACAGAAGUAUUGACACCAAGAUAUUCACAUCGUCAACGAAGAGAUUCAAAUGUAGAUACUGCACAAUAUACAUCAUUAGCUAGUCAUCAAAAUAUGAUCGAGGAAGAACUUCGAACAUCAACUCCUACUUCUGAUCGAUUAUUGAAUAGUUCAUCGCAAUCUCAAAAUGAAUUAUUAUUAAUACCAACCGACACCCAACCAGCAAAUAAUGAAUCAUUACAAACAUGCAGUCAACAACAAUUAAAAGUUUAUGAACGUGAAUAUGAUCUAAUUAUUCGAAAGACUUUCGAUGAAAUUACUUAUGAAAUUGAAAAAUUUCUUCAAAAUCAAAAACAAUCUUAUAAAAAAUUACAGAAAUAUAUUUUGACUGAACUUCAAUCUGAGUCUAGUUCAUCAUCGGAGGAAGAAGGUGAAAUAACUGAAUCGAAAUUAUCUUCUCUUUCAAAAAAUUCUAAAUACUAUCCGAAAAAACGACUUAAAUCUCAUUAUUAA